GUUGUUGUUGCUGAUUAGCCUUUACGAGGCAACUGUGCACUUACAUCUCAAGUGUUCCAUGAACGCUUCGGCUCCCCAUUAGUUACAGUACGACGCCGGUGACCGGUAGGGGCGCUGCAGUCGCCCAGCGGCCCGAGGUCGGCGGUAACCGGUACCAUGACUCAGCGGCGCCCCGCCCCGGGGUAAUAACGUACUGCGCAGUUGCAGCGGUCCAGACCGGGACAAAGGCCGACGGAGGAGCCGGAGCCGCACGAGCUGCACUGCGUCCACCGGCCGGGUCAGUCGACAGAGCGGGUGGUCCAACAGUGUGUGGACGGUACUGAGCUCUGUCCACCGGAGCCGACCACGGCGGAGGCGGCGAAUAUCAGAUGGAGAUGACAGAUGUGCGUGAAGACCUGGUCGCCCUUCGCCGGGAGGUGUCCGCCCUUCGUGAAGUGGUGGCUGCCCUUCGUGAAGAGAUGUCCGCCCUUCGGGAAGUGGUGGUCCCCCUUCGUGAAAAGGCGACCAUUCUGAGUGAGGUAGUGGCGAAGGACCAUUCGGACACGCAGAAGCUCAAGGGGGAGAACGCCGCACUUCACGAUGCGAUGGUCCGCCUGGAGCAGGCAGUUAUCGAAGAGCGGACCACUCGCCAGACCGUGGUGGAGGAUCUGCGGCAGGAGGUCCGCCGGCGAGCGGCGCCAUCCGGCCGUCCCCAGGGUAAAAUUACAAAAGCGUUUCAUGACGUCACGGUACAGACGGAGCCCCAGUCAUCGGCAGUCAGUGACGUCAUAGUACAGACGGAGCCCCAGUCAUCGGCAGUCAGUGACGUCAUAGUACAGACGGAGCCCCAGUCCUCGGCAACUAGUGACGUCACGGUACAGACGGAGCCCCAGCCAUCGGUCGCCAGUCUAUUCAACACGCUUGAGGAGUCGCUCGGCCUUGUAACCAUGACGACGUUCGACGCUCCGUCAGCCCUUGGCGAGGAUCAGCUGACGGCGCUUCUGCAGAGUCUUCCUCGCUUGGAGGAGCUGACCGUCAGGGUCCCGUCCUUCGGAACGGGGCGGUGGCUGCGGCUGCUGCCGACGUCACUGAGGACGCUAUACGUUGCCGGGCCGGAGGUGACGAAGCCGAGGUGGCCUGGACGGUACGGGAGUGGUCUGUCGGUAUCUCUCCAGGGGGUGGCUGCCGACACCAUAAGUCACCUGGCCACGGAGCUGGGGUCACGGAUUACGCUACUAGUCACGGAUGCACAAAUAACUACUAUUCCAAGUCAACUUCGUGGUGCCAUCAUCAGGGUGGAGCCAAACACUGUCAUCCUUCCGGCCGGAGUCGGUGACAGCGAGCUGACGGAGCUGCGGAGCUCACGGGAGACUGUGGAGCGGCUGUCAGUCACCGCCGCCGACCUCCCGCGACUGAGGGGGCAGCUGCCGGAGUGCCUCCAGCGCCUCAAUGUCAGAGGGCCGGAGGUGACGGAGCCGAGGUGGCCGGAAUGGAACCCGUGGUGGGAUGAUCUCCACAUCGCAUCUCUCCGGGCCGCGCCGCUCGGGCCCAUGUAG